CGGGACUCACUUAUUGCUUCUCUAGGCUAUGAUGAGCGUCACACAAUGGAUGGCAAAAUCGAGUACCAACUAGUGCUUUCGCUUGCCCCGCUCGGUUGCUUGCAGGAUUGGUUAAUUGCCAACACCAUGGGCUUCGAAGCGUUCUGCAGCAUGGCCAAGUCCAUCACGCGUGGCCUUUCGCAUCUGCAUACAGAAAUAAGUCGGGGUGACGAAUAUAAGCCGUGCGUCGCGCAUCGCGACUUCAACUCGCGUAACGUGCUCGUCAAAGCCGAUCGAACGUGCUGCAUCGGGGAUUUUGGUUUUGCCUUGAAAGUAUUUGGCUCCAAGUACGAAUACCGCGGCGAAGUUGCUGUAGCCGAAACAAAAAGCAUCAACGAAGUGGGCACGCUCCGUUACAUGGCACCGGAACUGUUGGAGGGCGCCGUCAAUUUGCGUGACUGCGAAACAUCACUCAAGCAAAUGGAUGUUUAUGCUCUGGGAUUGGUACUGUGGGAGGUGGCUACUCGAUGCUCGGACUUCUAUCCACCUGCCCAAAUGACGCCAUCCUACAAAGCCCCCUACGAACAGGAGGUCGGCACCCAUCCCACUUUUGACCAAAUGCAGGCGUUGGUGGUGCGGCACAAGGCACGACCCUUGUUUCCCGCAGGCUGGGGUGGGGGCUCUGCGGCCAAGUUGAUAAAGGAUACAUGCGAGGAUUGUUGGGAUCAUGAUGCUGAAGCGCGUCUAACAUCGCUCUGUGCCGAAGAGCGCAUGCAAGAAGCAGCUGGUUUGCGGCCGCGCUACUCACAUGCACAGUCGCCUAGUCCUUUGCUGAGCGCAAACAAUUUGUUGGUGCCUGAUCAGGUGGAUGGGAGCGUGAAAAUAUCCAUGGAUACGUGUAAUUCGGAAACAGAAACGAUGCUUCAGCCGCCACCAAACCAAAAGAUUUUGCCGCGCGCCCAAAGUGUGGGCAGUGAGUUAGGUAUCGCACCGCAUGCAGAGAAGAACCAUCUUAUUCACAACCAACAACAACUACAACCAUAUCAGGGACGCAACCCAUGCCAAGAGCGCAACCUGGCACCAGUGUCCAAUCGACCGCCCCAGAUUUUGGUUGAGAAAAGCAAGAAGCACAGCUUUCAAAACGGACAAGAAAACAGUUUUUCUUGCUUAGAAGACGACGUUUCAGUCGAAGACCUUAUCUCUGGUGGUAGCUCGAAAAAAAUUAACAAUUUCAUGACAGAGAAUGCACCGAGCAUGGGAGAAGGCUUUCCUAAGCAACACAAUACCGAUCGGAAAUUGAGAGGUUGGCAUGGCGUUCGGGCGCUAAUACAGAAAAAACUUUUCCGCAAAAGCGACGUUGGCAACGACCUUUUCCAGCAGCAGUUCGGGUUCGGAGAUGAAAAGUCUAACUUGGUGGACAAUCGGUACGCUGCCGUUAUUAAGGGGCUCGACAACAAUGGCAGCGAUAGGUUGGCAAAGGCAGCAACAAUUAGUUACAUAGAUGACCGGCAACGCAGCAAUAACGGUGUGGCCACAACCAAGACCACAAUGCUCACUGAUGUCUACCCACAUACACGGCGACCCAACAACCUUGACUUGAGUCCUAUGAACGGUUCAGCCGUACCAGUAGGAGAGUCCAGCGGCCCGCUUAAUGCUCCUGUUGCUUACAACAAGUCAAAUCUAAUUCAAAGCAUAGCGGAGGAGAGCAACGACAGGAGCGCCAAACAACACCUUCAGCAAGUAGACAAACGCACUAGCACGCCAUGCCAUGUGGUGCCACGUUCCCUCUCUUCUAGUCUAAUUAAACACAUAAACCGCAAUAACAAUAACGUGAGUAAAGGCGAGCUGAAUACCAUAAACGCUACGAACAGCAGCCCUAAGGAAACCACGCCUGCACCGGUGUCCAACUCGACCGGUCACCUCAAAGCGCCCAGCAAUACAGAUAUCCUCUUUAGGCGGCAGCGGAGCCUUGAAAUGUUUCGCGAGGUGUUCAGUGGCCGAGGCAGCACGGAAAAGCUACGAGAUCCCAGUCAGCGCGUCAAAACGCCAGGUGAUGUGCCGCCCUCUGUGCGCAAGGUGCGAGCCUCGAAGACGCUUAGCCUAUACGACGAUCGGAUGAUGGACUCUUCAACGCUGAAUAUACUCUAGCAUGAGGAGGUUCUGUUGCUGGAGUUGUAAGCAGUUUGGCCCCGGGUUGCCCGUCAGCUUACCAUUUCAGUAGGCAGAACAGAGUGCACAGAGUGUAGAUGAAUGUGAAAGGAAUGGAGACGAAAAUAAAUACUCGCGCGCGGUUUUUUCGAAGCUCAUCGACAGGAUGAGCUUAUACUCACUCAUAGAUGUAGUUGCGUUGAACGCGCGGCUCAUAAGUAGAUCGUAGGUCUUCGUAGUACCACCCCUUCCAUUGAGACCCUACUCUACAUAUGUGUGUAGUAUGUAUUGUGUUUGUAUUCAAAUGUCUACGCACGUGUGUGCUGAAAAAACCAAAGUCCUUAUAGUGUAAUAUUGAACGUGUUUUUGUACGAAGUCUAUGUAUGUAUGUAUGUAUGUAUCUCUAAAAACAGUCGCCAGUAAGCUAGUCUUAAGUUUGUAUGCAGUAGUUAAUGUAUAUGUAU